AUGCUGUCCUUGCUGUGGAGGCACUUCAGACCUGUGAGCGACCUAGAAGCUAGAGGCUUCGGCGGUUUCAUAAAUAACUUCUACGACGACGAGGGGUGGUGGGCACUAGCCCUGAUCCGCUCAUAUGAUGUGACUGGAGUUCCUGGCUAUCUAGACAUGGCCCAGCACAUCUUCGAGGACAUGAAGGCCGGUGUCGACAGUGUCUGCGGAGGAGGCAUCUGGUGGAGCAAGGACAAGAAGUACAAAAACGCCAUUGCCAAUGAGUUGUACCUCGCCGUCGCAGCAUCUCUUGCGAAUCGACCGGGAAACAAGCAAUAUUACUUGGACGCAGCGAUAGCCGAGUGGAAUUGGUUCAAACACAGUGGCAUGAUCAACUCUCAGAACCUCAUCAAUGACGGUCUCACUAUCAACUCGGAUGGCUCUUGCACCAACAACGGCGCGAAUACCUGGACUUACAACCAAGGCGUCAUCUUGGGCGGUCUGGUCGAGUUGAGCAAGGCCAACUCAGACAAGGACCUACUCACCGUAGCAUCGAAUAUCGCUGGUGCUGCGAUCAGCAGCCUCUCAAAGAACGGCAUCCUUUACGAAGGCUGCGAGCCAAAUUGCGGCGCGGACGGAGCCCAGUUCAAAGGCAUCUUCAUGCGCAACCUUCGAUACCUGCAUCAAGCCGCGCCGCAGGACGCCUUCAAGAACUUCCUCUUGGCGAACGCUGACUCGAUCUGGGCCAGCGAUCGCACUAACGACAACAAGCUGGGGAUCACCUGGACAGGCCCAGCCAGUGCAGGCGGCGGACCCAACGCUGGCACACACAGUUCGGCCAUGGAUGCCCUUGUGGGCGCGGUGGCGGUUGCAUCAUAG